GCAACAUAACUAUCCCUACACUUGUGUUUUCUUCUUCUUUUGGCAGAUGCAGGGGAAAAAGCCAACUCUACAACCCGCGUACCUUAUUUUAUUGAUCAAGGCAGGUAAAACAGGUGGACAAAUGCAUUUCUAGGCAGAGGUGAUCAUACCUUGACGUUUUUCUUCUGCUUUUGUCUCUUUAUCCCUUCAACAUUUCUACAGGGCCGGCUGGUAUCGCUGACGAACUGCAGUGUUACAUAGCGUACGUGCGUAGCGGCUAUCAAAGUGCAGUUUCUGGUAAUCAUGCAAGAGCAGUUAUCGAGUUCCAAAUAUACUUGAGUAGGCGGUCCAGCACCCAGUGCAAUGAUUCUCUCAGUUGCGGGUCAUUCAGGGUGGUGAGAACCAAUGCCAAUGAUAUUUCAUCAAUAUAGGCACGUACUUUCUGUGCUUUACAUCCAACUCUCUCGAACUUCGUCGCUCUGAGGGGCAUCAUAGGCGAUGUCGAGAAAGGUGUGUGCACCAUCGCUCACAGGCCUCUGCUGGUCUGAGUUAGUGAUAAAGACUAAGAUUAAUGCUCUGGAAGAGACAUACCUCUUGUAUUAUGGAACCUGUGAAUUCUAUACUCGGACGUUUCAAAUAUUUUUUUUCAGGUUUAUGUCCAAUUCUUUAUCGUACCAUGGAAUGCCUUUGAUUGCUCCUCCGCUUACUUAGUUCAUUCUACUUGUCUUUCUUGGAGCUGAAUCAAAAGGAGUGAAGAUAUAAAUCCAUAUACACACGUCCAUAUAAAUAGCUAUAAGUCGUUUGAAAGUACAUUUCUUGCGUUUCUAGUGACGGCGCUCAAGCUCAGCAAUUUACGCUUCCGAGCUUUUAAAAGACAAAAACUGCUCAAGAACUAAGAAUAGAAUAACUGUUCCAUGAGUAUGAUAUUACCAAUAGUUCGAAAAGACGCGGUAGACUGGGCCAACCUCGUGAAAGAUGCUUUGGAGGAAAUUCAGAUCAGCGUCCCACGCUCCGUGGAAGACUCCUUGAUGGCUCUUAAUACAUAUGCUAAACUCCCAACGUCCGCCUUUGCGAACCUCACGACCGGACUCAAGGAUGCGCGUGUUUAUUGUGCUUUGCUGACAUCGCUCGAUCAGGCCAUCAUGGAGUGGCCAGCCACCCUUCAGCGCAGAGUGUAUGCCUCACAAGUACAGCGCGAUGGAUCCAAGAUAACCGCAUGUAGGCCAUUUGUGGAGGCGGUCAUCGUACUGUACAACGCCGCGGUGGAAAAUUUGGAGGCAGGACUGUCAAACCUUGCUCGAGUACACGCGGAUUCCGCGCAACAGCAUCCUGCACAAGCCCUCACGGCGACGGCCACACGAACUGCAGUGCACCCAAACAUCAACGCGAAGAAUGCGUAUCGACACUUUCAAUGUGCUCAUGUUUUAGGUAUCGACGUCUCGGGGUUCCUUUUUCCGUCGCCUGAGUGUGACAAUCCAGACGCUGCCCCUACACAGCCAAGCCUCACCGUCUACGAGGCCGUUCAGCUGAAAUCUCUACUUGAUAUCGAGGAGCUGCGAGCGCUUGUGAGUUUGUGCAUUGCUGUGGCAAAGUAUGUCUUCGCUUUCACUGAUUCAAUUGGGGAAAAGUCAGAUGUGCUUGCGAAGCUCGCUUUUUCGGGAGCGUCACUUCGUAUCCCGGAGAAGUUGGUAGCAUCGGGUUUACCAGAGAUUCGCCUGCUACCGUGUGCCCUCUUAGUGGCAUAUCACUGCCACCAAGCAGAGUACUAUUACAAAGUCAAUCCUAGGCUACCAGACAUGCCGCGCGCACUAGGUCACAUCUGCUACGCCGACGAGCUUCUCUGUGGAAUGGAAAGUCAAAUCAAAAUUGGUAGCUUCCAAAAAGCUGACUUGCAUAGUGGUGGCAAAGUAGCAAAAAUUACAUUGUCGUUGGGAAAGCUCUUAUGGCGAAAGUUUGUUGGAGAUCGCGGUAGAAAAGAAAGCGAUCAUGGUGAAGGGAAGUACAUUAUUGAGGAGAUAGAGUCUGACAAGGAAAUGUCACAUCGGGCCUCUGUUUACAAUAAUCUACUUCGUUUUCUAUCCGAGGGUGAAUGCGGCCUUGUGCGUUUGUUUCCAGUCAUGGAUAGUCUUGUUCGUCGCGUAUAUGAACUCUAUAAACAGUAUCAGCAUGAAAACAUGGUCGUCUAUCUGUCAAAGCCACUUCCUGCGGAGACAAUUCAGUUAGACACACCAGAUUCGGCGGUGGUGGAGUUGUCUUUGAGGGUGCCCGGUAUCGAGGGCAGCCGUACCGCGCCGCUCACUUCCUUUCUCCAUCGGAACACAUUUAAGGACAUGCCUCGGGGACCAGAGGUGAAUGCUGCUUAUAAGUCGAAGGAAGAUAGGAAAACGCAGAAAGUCAGCAUGCUGGAUCAAUGCGCGGCUAUUGAAAAUAUCAUAGAAGAACUGCGUGGGGUACAGCUACCCCACGAGGUGCGACUAUGCAUCGAGGCAUUGGAACCCUGUUUGGAAGAGCAUGUUGGUUCUGUCGCGGCAGCGCUGAAGAUCGCUGAGACGACCCUGCAAGACGCUUGGAAAAGCCACGAAAAGGCCGCGCAGUUAUGGCUGGACGUGAGGAAAAGGUACCUUGGCGCGCGAGGGGGGGUGGGCUUCCAUGAGAAGACGAUCAAGGUCCAAAAGGAAGUUGAAGAGUGGUGUAAAAGUCUUGCGGAGGCGGAAUCUGAUUGGCUUCGAUUCAUUGGACCACUGGACUUUGGCGUGGAUGUUGAUAAAUUGAUCCGCCUACUUCUGCCAGCGGACUGUCGUGAUAGCUAUCGGUACAUUCAACAAGCGGAAGACGUCAUCGCCGAAGCGCGGAAGAUUCUUCGGAGGGCCUCGAUGCCUGUCACAGGGGCGCACCGAAGCACCACCCUGGAGAGUUCUUUCCUGCCGAAAGAGCAGAUCGAUAGUACGCUAGCAAAUCUGAAAGAGUUAGCUUCACAGGGGGAGCAGCUGGUCAUGCGACUGAAAGAGGUUAUGGAACAGCGCAGUUGGUGGGAAAAGCGACAGACUGCAAUGCGCUGCGUGGUUCUGGUAAUAUGGGGUGCACCAGAACUGAAAAAUAAACUUAACGAGGCAACACAGCUUCUGCGAGAUGAAUGUACUGAGAUGAGCAGAGCGCCUUCAGUUUUUACGUCCUCUGUUUUUCGGAGAGGUACUGACUCCGGUACCGAAACGAGAACGAAGGUGAGUAAAGACCCUAUACUUGGGCAGAGGCGUCAGCGUGAUACUUUAACAGACGAGGAUGACGGUAGUUCAUAUUGCGGGAGUUCCUCUGAUAAAAAAAGGCCCCGAAGUGAGGAAGCGCCGUCUCUACACACCAGCCAGGGUGUUUCUUCUCAUGGAGUUCCAUCGUCCAUGGAAAGCUUGGGUAGCAAGAACACUACUGAGUCAUCGUUCCCCAUGGAAGCUGAGGUUAGCAGUUCUUUGAAGGAUAGGCUCAGGAAAAAUCGAGAAGCUAUGGAAAAUGCAAGUAAUACACAUGCUAGAAGCAAAAACGCUAGAGGUGGGCGCACGGCAUCAUCGAAAUGA